CCAUGAAGUAAUCAACAUCAAUCUGAAGAACAAACCUGACUGGUUCGUUGGGAAGAACCCCUUUGGGCUGGUUCCUGUUCUGGAGACCAGCAAGGGCCAGUUGAUCUAUGAGUCCCCAAUCACUUGCGAAUACUUGGAUGAAGCAUUUCCGGGUAAGAAGUUGAUGCCUUCGGAUCCAUAUGAGCGAGCCUUUCAGAAGAUGCUCUUGGAACACUUCUCGAAGGUACCACCCCUAGUUUUCAAAUAUUUUGUGGCAUUCAAAGAGGGACAGGAUACCACAGCAUUGAAAGCAGAGGUUGCUGAAAACUUUGGCAAAUUUGAAGAG